UUAGCGGAGAGUUUAAGUCAUCAGUAUAGGAAAGAGAUGGAGAAGGGUGGAAAGAGGAAUGUUGAGUGGGUUGCUACGUUGCAGGGUGUUGUUCGUGGUAUUAAUGAGGAUAAGACUAGAUUUAUUGGAAUGAAACCUGUUAAUGCUGUUAAGAUGGGUAGUAUUUAUAUUUAUUUCAUUGCCAAGGAAACAAGAUGAGGUGUUGUUGGAUGUGGGUACCUCUGUGAAAUAUUUGUAUGAAGCUGGUGAAUUGGAGGGUGGUAGAAGGAGAGCAGCGGAUCCAAAUUGGUCGCUGGAUGUGUAUAAGAUUGUACAAAGGAGUGUUAGUGUCAAACGACUAUAAAGAGGUUUCACUGUAUAUAAAGGGGCGGUGGCGGUUCUUGUGACAAGUGUUAAAGAUUGCAAAGAGUGUUAAAAAUUCUCUGUAUUGCGUAUUUUGUAAUAGGGCUGCAUCACAAAACUGAAAAUGGCUAAAAUUAUUUGCAUUGACAUAAUUUAAAGUGUUUAAAUUUUGACCUGUGACCUGCAACCUGUGACCUGCAACCUGUGACCUGUGUGACCUGUGGAAUACACCAGCUAAGUAUCUGAAUUUUUUUAUUAGUGCUGGUGUUUUUAUGGGAUUUUUAUAUGUUUUUUGGAGAUUUUGGGGGUUAAUAAAAGUAAUGGAAGGUUUUGCAGUUGUUUAUGGUGGUGAUAGUGUGAAACUUGAAAGAUUAAUUGCAUGUUUUAAAGCCUGUGGUGCAAAGCAAUACAGGCCUUGCCAUCAGUCGCGAGCAAUUGCUCGCGCUAGUGUAGUGCUCGCGUAAAUGCUCGUUACCCGAGCAUUCUAUUGCUCGCGUAAAUAUUAACAUUUUGAGAUAAGUGUUAGCGUUAUUCUCAAGAAUUGAUUAUUCUUUUAGGUGAAACUGAAAAGAUAUUUGGUGUGAUUAUUUUCAACCCAUUGUGCAAAACAGUUCAUUCGCCAUUUUAUAAAACGUGUGCGAUACGGGCAUUAAGGAGAAUACAAAAGGCACCAAAAUUUGUUUCCUUUUUCAAGAAAAGAAUUUCAGUGUAAGUUUCCCUGGAUUACAUGAUUACGGAGUAAGCUUUCUGUGUUGACAUAUAUGGUAACCGUUAAUUGCAUGGUUCACAAUCUAAUAUAAGGAGCAGGUAUGUACUAUGUACAAUUUAAUAAAUCAUCCACUCUGUUUGUGACAAAAUCAUCAAUGCUUUUGGAUGAUUUUGAAUAACUUGUGUACUUUUACUAUAAUUAUAUAUUAUUUUGACAGUCUAUUAUUUUUGUAGAGAUGUAAGUAAAAAAAGAAUAGACAUAUCACUCUAAAUGGCUUCAGAUGAUGAAGAACUACUUAGUUUGUUUUCUGAUCAGGUUAAUGAAAAAUCUGUUUCUACAAUAACUCUAAAUGUUGAUGAAUUAAAAGAGCUUCUUCGCCAAGAAAGUAAAUGCCACAAAGAAACUGGACACUGCUAUAAAACCUUACAAAAGGAGUACGAUAAACUGUUAUGUAAAUAUGCAGAAGCUGAAAAUGUCAUUGACGAACUUCGUAUUGGAGCUAAAGUAAAUUUGUAUUCCAAUAGAGGCAAUUUUGAUGUUGAUAAUACUUUAAACGUUAGGUCAAAAUCUGCUCAGCAAAUAACAUCAAGGCCACUGCUAAUUAAUAGAACUCAUUCUUUGCCUAAUACUGAUAAAAUAGAAAAUGUUACAAAAGAAAGUGGAACUGAUAGUUUACGUUUGAGUGUCUUAUUGCAAACAAGUAACCUGCAAGAUGACGUCACUGCAUUUCAUGAUGUACUGAGUAAUCAAGAAUAUACAUAUGAUGAGCAGAAACAACUUUAUGAUGUUAUGAAGAAAGAGUAUGAAGACAUUGAAAGUGAGUUAAAGAGAAUUAAAGAGCUGGAGAACCAACAAAGUUACAGUGUGAGCAAUUCAGAAUUUCUCCAAUUCAACAGUUUGGAGGGCGAGGUAUACCGCCUGAGUCUUCGUCUUGAGGAAAUAGAUGAGGAGAUAGGAGAACAGCUGCGACGCAAGCUUGGAAACAACUCCCCACGUAUUAGAAUUAUGUUUAGAUCACCUGCAUCUGCUACAAAAGCUGGAAAAAUCUCAGAAACAUCUAUUUCAAGUCAAAAUGCGAACGACGAUGUUUUUGUAAAAGGCUCCACAGAUUCAAGUAGUUCAAAUGAAAAGGGGAAUGAAUGGAAACCAGGUACCGAGGACCUUACUACGUCAGGUUACCAUACUUCAAAAACUCCAAAAGUUGAAGAAUUAGACGCGAAAUACUUAUCCCAAAGUUUGGGACCUUUUAAUAAAUCAUCGACACACUGUGUUGAAAACCCUUCUUCAUCUUGGUUGUCAUACGAACGAUCGCUACUAAUCCCCAGUGAACGUGCAAGCGAAACAGGGAGGAGAUCAAGUACAAGACGUAGAACUAGAUCUUAUGAUGCUAGGAGCCUCAUACAUAAACCAUCGAAAGACCUCAAACAAAAUACGGACAAUGUACGUCCAAAUACAAUGAACAGUACAGAGGAUAGUGGCUUUAUCGAAUCGGAACGAGCUGGUAACGUAAGACCGCACAGACAUCUGACACAACACACUGUUUCCAGGCCUCCAAGUGUGGAUGGAAGCUUAGCUUCAGAGGCAGGUUCAGGUGAAACGUACAGGGGACGUAUAACUUGUUUGAGAGACUUCAUGUGCACUAAACGCAAUGUCAGUAAUGCCGGUUUCACUAAGACCCUGACCUCUAGUACUAGUCAUAAAGCUUCUAAAACGCCACGAAGUUGGGUGCGAGGGAAAUCACAUACAAGAAGUUUGCACUCUCCUGUGGAGACUUACAGGUUUUCAGAGGUUUUACCGCAAAAAAGUGAGCGGAGUGGUUAUGCUCCUGCUGACAUAUCAACAACAGUGACGCGUAAAGAAUACGUCCGAUGUGAACCAGAAAUUAAGAUGGAGCGAAAAGCAUUUAACAAAAGUUGCAAGAUGGAAGCUCUACAGGAAGAAAUGCAAGACAUACGUGAUAUUGUGCUUGAUCUUCACUCAACGCUUCCUCUUCAACAGGAACGGUAUAUGCCGCUGAACAGGCAGAUUGAAGUCCGGCAUUCUUAUCAACAACCGCCUCCUCGUAACAAACAUCGUAAAGAACAAGACCAAAGUUAUACAGAAGUGAUCCCAGAAGAGUUAUUUAGCAGACAGAUUAGAAUGUUUGAAAAGUUAAAUGCUAAAAUUGAUAAGUUAUCGGUAAAGUUGUACGAUAAAGCGUCUUCUUCUUUUACCUCACAACGACAUCUUAAAAAUCUGACUGACCUCACCGGGGAUAGUGAUUGUGAUACUAAGACACUAUACGACAACUCUAAAAGAGAGUCACAUGAUGUUUUGGAUAGACUAAACAAGAGGCUAGUCGAGUUGUCCAAAAGAUUGAAGGAGAAUGAGAAAAAACACUCCCUGUCACCUGAUAACAACAACAACAACAACAAAUUUAUGACCAACUUGGAACAAAAGAUAAAAGGAUUAAACAAACAGCUUCGGUCGACACAAAAAACAGGUCAAGAAUCUGCUGAAAAAACUAACAAAUCAUCUACACCAGUGUACGUAUUCUCGUGUCCGGUAUGUGGAGGAAUAGAAUCACACCGUCAUGGUGGUUAUUUAUUUGACAAUAAAGUCGAUGCUGUACCUAAAUUUCUUUUCAAUGAUGCAGUGCCAAGAACUACCAAAGAUUCAAACUCUGCUUGUACUCAGCAACCAAGUUUCUUAGCAAAUUUAUCCCAACCUAAUAAAACGAGCAAUCACCUACACUUUACUGCUGUAACCAUUCCAAUCGGAGGCGACGAACAUCUUACUCAAAAUGUUUUUCACCAUCAUCAUUCAUUUUAUCAAGCCGAUGCUCCACCAUCGAAAUUGUUUUCAAGAAAGAAAAAGACAACAUUCAUCUCUAGACGUGCCUUGGAAUAUCCAGAGCGGCUUGACGAGUCAUUAUUUGAAGCUUCCCUUGCUGCACAGAAGACGGAGUUUAUGUCAAAAAUAAUGUUGAACAACAUCGCAACCGAUGUGUACAAUUCAGGUGCUUCAGAAUUUUAAAAUCAGUGCACCUUCCAUAAACAUAGACGAUUAACGUCAGUUUUGUUGUGUAGUUUCUGUCCAACUGGUCCCAAGACUUAUUAACUUAAAAGGAAAAACAAAAUGAAACGUUGUACAUUUUAUUUAUUUUAUGAAUUAAAUAUUCUGUUUAUGUAUA